GAUCAAUAAGUGUCAAAAUACUGGAGAUGUCAAUUUUACACAAUUUCACAAAAAUAACCUCUACGUUGUUGUUCAAUGUGAUUUACAAAUCUAAUUAAAAUAACAGGAAAAGCAUUAUUUGUAUGUUUAUAAAUAACCAUGGCUCCAAAAGGAUCUAAGAAAACUUUGUGGGUGGACUGCGAGCGAUGCGGUUGCAGCAUAACAACAAACGAUAAAAACAUUCAUGUUGAGUUAGAAUGCAAGAAAGAUCAAUUGAAAUGUCCGUAUGUUGACGAUGGGAAGCUGUUUACUUGGCUGCAGAGGACUGGCGUGGCGCCGGAUGGAGCUCCCCGUGAUGCUGUGCUUGUGCAUCCGUCGGCUGGCACGUUAAUAGGCGCCGUGAUUGGUUGUCCCCUUCAAUUGAGCAGAGACGGUGCUCCAAUGAUGGUGAAGCGAAUGUGGCCUUCUAAAGCAUCUGCACCGGCGGCAGUUAUAUUACCCGCAGCUGAUUUGUCCAGUGCGUGGAGCAGUGACAACAUGAAGGUGACAGUCUCAGUGAUAAAAGAGGAAAUACCGCAAGCAACAAGAGUAACAAUCAGACUCAACAACCACAAAACAGAAUCAGACAUUACUGAUAUUUUAAAACAACAUUUUUAUAGCAAUUUUGUUUGUAUUGGUAGUAUUUUAGUUUACUAUUACUUUGGUAAGAAAUUAGAAAUUGAGGUAAUUGACAUAAAAUCUGAUAAUUUAGAUCAUAAGGGUUGGUUUGUUUUAAGUGAAAAUAGUGUUUGGAGUAUGGAGAAGGAUACAGUUCAGAAAAUAAAGAAAAAGCCACAGGUUCUUGGUGGUGUAGAUGAUAUUUUGGAGGAAAUACAGACCUUCAUUAAAAUAUCAUUCAGUAUGGAUGGUCUAACAGCCAACUUUCAACCCACAAGAGGCUUACUUCUUUAUGGACACUCAGGAAUAGGAAAGACAGCUAUUUGUAAAUAUUUAAUUGAAAACAUCAACUGCUUUUACAUAGAAAUUAAUGGUCCAGCAAUAUUUAGUAAAUAUUUUGGUGAAACUGAAGGUACGAUGAGAAGCUUGUUUGAGAAAGCUAUUCAAAAUCAGCCAAGCAUUAUACUGGUUGAUGAGAUAGAGACAAUUUGUCCAAGGCGGUCUUCAGGCAGCACGGAGCAGGAAAGGCGAAUAACUUCAGCAUUUGUGAACAUGCUGGACAGCCUACAUGCAGACAAUAGCAGGGUUUUUGUGUUAGCUACAACCAGAAAGCCAGAAAACAUCGAUCCUAUGCUUAGGCGAUUUGGAAGGCUGGACAAGGAAAUAGAAGUUCCUGUACCAGAUAGAAUAAGAAGAAAAGAAAUGGUUUACAGUUUGCUGAAAAACUUGCCAAACAAAAUAUCAAGUGAAGACAUUGAAAAUAUCUCGGACUUAGCUCAUGGUUAUGUGGCUGCUGAUUUGGUAAAUUUGUGCACACAAGCCACCAUGAAAUGUAUAAAGCGUUCUAGUGAUUAUAUAGAGCGCGAUGACCUGAUCGCAGCACUGACCAUCGUCAGGCCAAGUGCCAUGAGGGAACUGCUCAUUGAAAUACCCAAUGUGAGGUGGACAGAUAUAGGUGGGCAGGAUGACCUGAAAUUAAAAUUACGUCAAGCUGUCGAAUGGCCUUUGAAACACGCGGAGAGCUUCCGAAGGCUAGGAGUAAAGCCACCAGGUGGCGUCCUACUGUACGGACCACCGGGAUGCUCCAAAACCAUGAUAGCUAAAGCCCUGGCAACCGAAAGUGGUCUGAACUUCCUCUCAAUAAAAGGCCCGGAAUUAUUUUCGAAAUGGGUUGGCGAAUCUGAGCGCGCUGUGCGAGAUCUGUUUACGAAAGCUCGUCAAGUGGCUCCUUCUAUUAUAUUCUUUGAUGAAAUGGAUGCGAUCGGCGGGGAAAGAGGGGCAGGGGAGGCGGGCGUGCAUGAGAGAGUACUGGCUCAACUGUUGACUGAGUUGGAUGGAGUGGUACCACUGAACUCGGUCACUAUUUUGGCGGCAACCAACCGCCCCGACAGGAUGGAUCGAGCACUAUUACGGCCCGGCAGAUUAGAUCGGUUGAUCUAUGUCCCGUUACCAGAUUUUGAGACUAGGUUACAAAUAAUAGAGUUGAAAUUAAGUAAAAUGAGCACAAGUGAUGAUGUGAACUCCCAUAACUUGGCAAUAAGGACUGAAGGGUUUUCAGGAGCUGAGUUGCAGGCUUUGUGUCACGAAGCUGCGUUGAGGGCUUUGGAGAAGGACCUCGACUGUCCUGCAGUAACUAUGGAGCAUUUUGAACAUGUCCUCAAAGAUUUUAAGCCAAGAACACCUGAGUCUCUUUUGAAGGUCUAUCAAGAAUUUGCUUUAGGACAAAAGUCUGGAUAAGUUUUAAGAAUACAUUAUUUACAUUUUACGCCUUUAGUUGAAUAACCAGAGAAUCGCUUCUAAAGUGUGAUGUGUGCAUUUAAUAACAGGUUAAUAAUAAGUAUAAGUGCCUUACUUUCUAAAUCAUUUAUUUAAUAAGAAUUCUUACAGCUAUUUGUAUAAAUUAAUAUUAAAUCUAGUCCUUAUUUUAA